CCCCCCUCAACCAGACAACCCUUCCCCUUCACGGUGCAUUGGCUUUGUUUUGACGGACGUCUUUUUGACAACGUUGCAAACCAUGUCGCGCAGGAGGGAGAAUGAGGAAACGGACAAGCAGACGCGUAUUGCGAUUGUCAGCGAUGACAAAUGCAAACCGAAACGUUGUCGCCAGGAGUGCAAGAAAUCCUGUCCGGUGGUGCGCAUGGGCAAGCUAUGCAUUGAGGUGACGCCCACAUCGAAGAUAGCCUCUCUAUCCGAGGAGCUUUGCAUCGGUUGCGGUAUCUGUGUCAAGAAAUGUCCAUUUGAGGCCAUCACAAUUAUCAACUUGCCCAGCAACUUGGAGAAGCACACAACGCAUCGUUAUAGCAAAAACUCGUUCAAGCUCCAUCGCCUGCCCAUUCCACGACCGGGUGAGGUUCUGGGUUUGGUUGGCCAAAACGGUAUUGGCAAGUCGACGGCGCUGAAGAUUCUAGCUGGCAAGCAAAAACCCAAUUUGGGCAAAUAUGCCAAUCCGCCCGACUGGACGGAAAUUCUGACUUAUUUCCGCGGCUCGGAGCUGCAGAACUACUUUACCAAGAUAUUGGAGGAUAACCUAAAGGCGCUGGUCAAGCCGCAGUAUGUGGAUCAGAUUCCUAAAGCGGUGCGUGGCACUGUCGGCGAUUUGCUGGACAAGAAGGAUGAGCGGGAUCUGCAGACGAAAAUCUGUGAUAUGCUGGACCUGUCCCACAUACGCGAUCGUGAGAUUUCCCAGCUGUCUGGUGGUGAACUGCAGCGCUUCGCUAUUGCCAUGGUGUGCAUACAGAAUGCUGACAUCUUCAUGUUCGACGAGCCAUCCUCGUAUUUGGAUGUUAAGCAGCGUCUGAACGCUGCUCUUACCGUUCGCUCUCUGCUGCAUCCGACCAAAUUCAUCAUUGUUGUGGAGCAUGAUUUGUCUGUGCUGGAUUAUCUGUCAGAUUUCAUCUGCUGUCUGUAUGGCGUGCCCGGUUGUUAUGGUGUUGUUACUAUGCCCUUCUCGGUGCGUGAAGGCAUCAACAUUUUCCUGGACGGUUUUGUGCCCACGGAGAAUAUGCGUUUCCGCACAGAAUCGCUCACGUUUAAGGUAUCCGAAUCGGCUACGGAGGAGGAGAUCAAGCGAAUGAAUCACUACGUCUAUCCAUCCAUGGUCAAAACUCUCGGCAACUUUGAGUUGACUGUGCAGCAGGGUCACUUCAGUGACUCCGAGAUCCUGGUGUUACUCGGCGAGAAUGGUACGGGCAAGACGACGUUCAUUCGAAUGCUGGCUGGUAAUCUGCAGCCGGAUGGUGAAGUCGAACUACCCAUGUUGAAUAUAUCGUACAAGCCGCAAAAGAUAUCACCGAAAUUCCAAAAUCAUGUGCGACACUUGCUGCACGACAAGAUUCGGGAUGCAUACGUGCAUCCGCAGUUCAUGGCAGACGUCAUGAAGCCCAUGAAAAUCGAGGAGAUCAUGGAUCAGGAAGUGCAAAAUCUUUCCGGUGGUGAAUUGCAGCGCGUGGCACUGGUGCUCUGCCUGGGCAAGCCCGCCGAUGUCUACCUAAUUGAUGAACCCUCUGCCUACUUGGAUUCGGAGCAGCGUCUGGUCGCUGCCAAGGUGAUUAAACGUUACAUUUUGCAUGCGAAGAAGACUGGCUUUGUGGUGGAGCACGAUUUCAUUAUGGCCACGUAUCUCGCUGAUCGUGUCAUUGUCAUUGAGGGUCAACCCUCGGUGAAGACAACCGCAUACUCGCCUCAAUCGCUGCUCAAUGGCAUGAAUCGAUUCCUUGAACUGCUCGGCAUUACCUUCCGACGAGAUCCGAACAAUUUUAGACCCCGCAUCAAUAAGAACAACUCGGUCAAGGAUACGGAACAGAAGCGCUCUGGUCAAUUCUUCUUCUUGGAGGAUGAGUUUUCAGGUUAAGACAGUUCAAAAAUUAGAACACCAUACAACAAACAUAAAAUAUGCAAUUUUGCGUAUUUGAAAUUUGA